AUGACCUUUUCGCGCCAAUUUAGGGUAGAAACAUUUUGCGAAAAAGCUCAUGGCUCCCGAUUCGAUCGAUUCCAAGGAAAUAAAGGAACCGGUAGCAUAACUUCCACGAAUUAUUCGCACGAAUUCGAUCGUGUUAUCGCAUUUACGCCUCAUGUUUCAGCAGGCAAACUGGUUAUUAAAAUUAGAGCUCUUGGCCGUACCGAAGAUGGGUAUAUAUGGACAAGGGAGGCUUGCACAAAUGCGAAAAAUUCAGGGCUUUUGGAGAGAAAGCAGGCAAGAGCGUGCAGAGCCACGCCAGAUGUGAUGCCGAGCUUGGUACAAGCGGCGAGGGAUACUUCAACAGUAUGUCAGCAAACAUUUCGACACCGUAGAUGGAAUUGUAGUAGCAUCGAGCGUGCACCAGAUUAUACGCCUGAAUUACUUACUGGAACCAGGGAACAAGCAUUCGUAUAUGCAAUGUCAGCAGCAGCUGCAGUUUGGAGGUUAGCGAGAGGAUGCGCUCUGGGCAGUCUUGCAGCAUGUUCCUGUGCCACACCACCACGAAGGGAGCCUCCAUCACCUUCUGCCUUGAUCUCACCUUCAUCUUUCACUGCGACAUCUGUCUCUUUUGGAACAUUGUCUGCCAGAAAUUCUUUCAAAUGGGGCGGUUGCGGCGAUGACGUUAGAUCGGCGUCCAGAAUGGCCAAGAGGUUUCUCCAAGGCGCAACGCCUCCAGGCACAGGUGCAACCGCGAAGUUUAUGCACGCUGUUAACAUGCACAACAACCGAGCGGGUCGAAGGGCAGUGGAACAAUCCUUGACCCUUGAAUGUAAGUGUCAUGGAGUAUCUGGAUCAUGCAGUGUACGUACCUGUUGGAGAGGGCUUGGUUCUUCAGGGCCGGCAGCAGCAGGAAGUCGUUUGCUUCGAAGAUAUGCAACUGCAGCAGAAGUACGACCAAGAUCAGGAGGCAGAUUACCACCCUUGUAUCAUCACGAUAAUCUAUUAUACACCACUAAAAGUCCAGACUAUUGUCUUCCCGACAAGAAGAGAGGAAGUCUUGGAACUGUUGGCAGACAAUGUAACGGCAGCAGUACCGGAUACGAAGGUUGCGAGUAUCUCUGUUGCAGCCGGGGACACGUGACGAGAACGGAAGAGGUUUUAGAGAGAUGCGAUUGCAAAUAUAUCAGUUGCUGUUACGUAAAGUGUAAAACGUGCAGAAAAGUUAUGAAAACGUACGAAUGCAAAUAAAUAAACGGGGAUUCGUAGAAAUUUUAGAAUAAAAAAAUUUAUCCUGAUCGUCGAAUCGACAAAAAUUCAUUUCCAUCGCUUUUCACCGCAUAUGGGAUUCCCCUUAAGCGAUAAAAUUGUCCAUUGCGUUUAACGAGUAAUACUUAUUUAUAUAUGGUGCAAUUAAUUGUCGUGAUAAUUUAAAACGAUUAAAAAAUAUUACCAGUUGGAACGCGUAUUUGUAGUUAUUUUUAGAGAUCGUCGAUAUUAUAUAGGGGGAAGAGGGGGAAACGUUGAUGCAAACAGAUAAAUUAUAUAAUUACUUAAAAUGAAUCAUCAAUGAUGAAAAAGUUGAAUUAA